GACAACAGACACGUCACGCGUUACGAGCUACGCGUCAGACCAUCGCUGAUCUUGCUCAAUAAUCGUUCACUGGUUCAGUUUCACAGACAUGACCCUUGCAGAGCGCACAAAAACUUGGAUAUGUCAUAUUCUGCUUCUUCGUGCAAUAUGACAAACGCCAGACACGUCGAUACUCUGUGGCAGAAGCAAGAUCAAUCAUGAUUGUCAUAUGUCCGAUGUUAGGGCCCAGGUCGCGAUGAAGAUCGGAAACUGACCAGCUCAGCAAUGCCGCAUUGCAGACACGUCAGCCUUGGAUGUAAAAUUCAUCAGCAGUCGUUCAGAAAUCCCAAUUUCAAGUGGUCACAAGCGAGCGGUCUGCCGAAGACGACGCGUAUGUGGUGCAAGCUUCGAACCUCGGAAGCUGACUCGAGUCAUCGGCCGUAGUACU